AUGGGAAUUAAAGAUUCUCAAUUGCUAUUUUACUCUGAUACUUUGGCAGCUGGAGACAGAGAAAAUGAUCCUGUUUUAGUGGAUAUUUUGGUUCACAAUUCUGCUCAAUCUGUUCAAUUUCUCAUUGAUAAUGGUGUUAAUCUUUCGGAUGUUAAUCUCUGUGGCGGUCAUUCUGUGCCACGAACACAUUGGUUAUUAUCACCCAAAGAGGGUAGACCUUUGCCAGUUGGUGUUGCAAUAAUUCGGGCAUUAAAGGCAAAACUUGAGGAAUGGCGUCAUCCGGAAAAGUUUAAUGAGAAAGAACCCCGUUUAAAAAUUAAAUUAAAUCGGCGAGUUCUUGGUUUGGUUACUUGGAAUGAUUUUGUGACAGGUGUUAGAGUUCUUGAAGAAAUCGCCGGAAAAGCUGUAAUCUUAACCACUGGGGGAUUUAGCGCUGAUCGAGAGAAGGAUAAGACAUCUUUACUUUUGGAAUUUGCUCCUUCACUUCUGUCAUACCCUACAACGAAUGGAAGGUUUGCUACUGGCGAUGGAGUCAAAAUGGCACGGGCUAUGGGUGCUGGGCUUGUUGGAAUGGAUAAAAUACAGGUUCACCCAACUGCAUUCAUUGAUUCCAAAGAUCCUGGGGCUACAACCAAAUUUUUAGCUGCAGAAGCUUUACGUGGCAAAGGCGCAAUACUUCAUUGUGUUCGUCAAAAGGAAGCAGGUGAUAUGCCGAUCGCUUGGAUGUUGAUGAAUAAAGAAUCUGCCGAAUCUUUUGGAAUGCCUGCUUUUAAUUUUUAUUUUAAAAUUAAAGGCUUUUUCAAAGAAUUACCAAAUAUUAACAGUCUUGCUACUGAACUUAAUGCUUCUGAAGAUGAUUUAAUUCAAACAAUUAAUGAUUACAAUAAUUAUGCAGAAAAGCGAAAUAUUGAUAAAAACUUUAAAGACCCUUUUGGAAAAAGUGUUUUUCCUGUUAAAUUUAACACAAAUGAAUCUUUCUUUGUGGCGAGAAUAGCACCUGCAAUUCACUACACUAUGGGUGGAUUACAAAUUGACAAAAAUGCUUUUGUGUUUAGUGAAUUUUUGUCAAAACCAUUCCAAGGUCUUUUGGCUGCUGGUGAAGUUACUGGGGGUGUACAUGGUGCUAAUCGUUUGGCUGGAAAUUCUCUUCUUGAAUGCGUUGUUUUUGGUCGGAUUGCAGGAAAAUCUGCUGCUGCUAUAGAUUAUCAAUCUGCUCUUUUGGGCAAAACUAGUUCUGGAAUAGGUGCAGAUGCACAGACAAACGAAGAAAGGCAAGAACUUUGA